AAAUAAUACGAACGUUUACGAGAAAUUUGACUUUAGCUAAUAAAGCAAAGGAUGUACACUUUAAGAAAUACGUGGCGCCACUUACUACACGUAUGUGAUGGAAUGAAAAUAUUGCCGGUUCAUCCAAAUAAUCCCGCGAGAGUUAAGCAAUUACAAUAAUAUAAGCCUAAGAACUCAAUUUGUUUUUAACAAUAAAUUGGAAAUAAUUGAAUUGUAUCAUGGCUGAUGAGACAGAGCAGGUCCCAGCAAUAAAUGUUAAAGAACCCCUAGAUCUUAUAAGAUUAAGUCUGGAUGAGAGAAUAUACGUUAAAAUGCGGAACGAGAGAGAGUUACGAGGACGAUUACAUGCAUACGAUCAGCACUUAAAUAUGGUGUUGGGUGAGGCAGAAGAAACUGUAACUACAGUAGAAAUUGAUGAAGAGACGUAUGAAGAAGUUUACCGUACAACUAAAAGAAACAUCUCUAUGCUUUUUGUUCGUGGUGACGGAGUAAUUUUGGUUUCACCACCGAGCAUGAGAGCGCCAAUAUAAAAUUUCUAUUUAUAUAUAAUUUAGCUAAGAGAUAAGUAAUAUAGAAUUAAGUUCCAUAUUGAUAUAAUCUUUUAUAAUUUAAACGUGAUAAAAUUGUGGUACACUGUAUUAAAAUAAUACACAUGAAUUAAAAGUUUAUAAAUAAUGUAAA